AUGUCCACCACCAUUUCUACCAUUGCCUCCUCCACUUUCACCAUACCACAGCUGCCCACACCCUUUACCAACCCCUCUUCUUCACACCAAAAAGCAACCGCCAGCCCUUCUCCAAACAACCAGCUGCCGCCAAGCUCCCCCCUCCUCACCACCAAAUCCUCCGCCACCCUCCUCUCUAACCCCCAUCGCCGAACCCUUCUUCUUCACCCCACCCAUCUCCAGCCGUCACACUUCUCCAGGAGCAGCCCCCUAUUGAUUAAAACUGAAAUGAGUCCGAGUUCUUCAUUUCAACAAAACACCAUUAAUGGGGGCCUUAUAAAGCUUGAAGGAAGACAAAAUAAUAUGGAGGUAAAACCAGCAGUUGCCGUGAGGGCCAUCCUUGUUGGAGGAAUUGCUGCAUUUGCAAAAAUUGGCGGUGCUGUUAAAGUUGCAGGAGGUAUAAAAGUAGGUGCAGCUGCUGCUGCUAUGACUGCUGCAGCAACUGCUGCCAUUUCAGGAUCCAAACAAGAAGCAAAAACUGCUUCUCAGCACUCAUCAAAAUGAAGCUCUCUCUGAAGAAUGGUGUAGAGCUAGUGAUUCCCAUUUCAUCUACUGAUCCUUUUCUUUCAAUAUAAUGUAUUUCAGUAAGUUAUAGAAUAGUGGUGUUGCUAGUUGGAUAAAAUACAUAAUUGAUCAAGUAGCUCACAUACGAGUCUUGGAUUGUUCUGUACAAAUGGAUGUAGGAAUUUUUGAAGCGAAGUUUUUGUCAUCACUUUGUUCUAUAGUAUAUGAAUGUAUUGUGGCGUAUGAAUAAAGAAUAUUUGUGGCUUUACUGCUA